AUGUCAGAUACUACUAACACGACUAGUACGUCGACUCAACAAGUAGUCACGGCAUUGGUCUCUAAUAGUGUUAUCUUCGGUGUGUUCAUAUCAUUAUUCUUACUGUUUAGAAUCAAAUUAAAACGUAUCUAUGAGCCAAAAUCAUCCUUUCAAUUAAUCAACGAAGAAAAACGACCCGACCCGCUACCAAAAGGGUUGUGGCAAUGGGUCAUGCCACUAUUAAGAAAAUCGGAUAACUUCAUUAUUCAACAAGCAGGUUUAGACGGGUACUUCUUCCUAAGAUAUCUGUUUAUCAUUUGUGCAUUUUGCACCUUUUCACUGAUUUACAUGUUUCCUAUUCUGUUUGCUGUUAAUGCUACGAAUGGUGAAAACGAAUCUGGUUUGAAUCAACUGGCGUACACGAACGUUAAGGACCCCAAAAGGUACUACGCUCAUGUCUUCAUUUCAUGGUCGUUUUAUUGGUCGUUCAUGUAUAUUGUCUAUCGUGAACUAUUCUUCUAUACGUCAAUGAGACAAGCUGUGUUGGCCUCGCCAAGAUAUGCUAAAAAAUUAUCGUCAAGAACCGUGCUGUUUCAAACUGUUCCAACGCAAUAUCUGAGUGAAACAGAAUUCUCAAAAUUGUUCGAUGGGGUGAAAAGAGUUUGGAUAGCGAGAGGUGCCAACAAUAUCGAAGAUCUGGUGAAGGAAAGAGAAAAGAUGGCUAUGCAAUUGGAAUCUGCGUCUGUUUCUUACUUGAAACAAGCCAUUACAAAAGUUCAUAAAAUGAGAAAGAAAAACCCAAGUACCAUUAUCGAUGAAGAAAUAUCCACUUAUAUCCCAGAAAAGAAGAGACCUCACCAUUCGAAAAACUUCUGGAAUAAAAUCAUAUUCAGAAAGACUGUGGACACCAUAUCUGAAUUGAAAGAGGAAUUACCAAAGAUCAAUCAGGAGAUUAAAGAUUUGCAAGACGACCAUAUCAAUGGAGAACCAUUCAACUCAGUAUUUGUCGAGUUUGAAUCCCAAUACCAAGCUCAGGUUGCUGCUCAAGUCACCACAUUCCAUGCUCCGUUGUUCAUGACCCCUGCAUACAUCGGAUUGGAACCCAAAAAUGUCGUUUGGUUUAAUUUGAGAAUGUUUUGGUGGGAAAGAUUAAGUAGAGAAGUAGGGACAAUAGCUGCCAUUUGCGCAUUGGUCAUAUUGUGGGCUUUCCCAGUGGCUUUCGUGGGUAUGAUUUCAAACAUCACGUAUCUAACCGAUAAAGUCCAUUGGUUACGUUUCAUCUAUAAAUUACCAAAUCAAUUGCUGGGUUUGUUGACUUCAUUGGCUCCAACCAUCGCGUUGGCUGUAUUGAUGAGUUUCUUACCAAGAAUUAUUAGAGGUAUGGCUGUCCUUCAAGGGUCGCCAUCUAAUCAAAAAGUAGAACAUUUCACUCAAAAUGCUUAUUUUGCAUUCCAAGUGGUUCAAGUGUUCUUAGUGACAACAAUUACUUCUGCUGCUACAUCCGUGGUGACACAGAUUGUUUCGCAACCAACGAAAGCUAUGGAAUUACUAGCAACAAAUUUGCCAAAGGCUUCCAAUUUCUAUAUCUCAUACAUUAUCCUACAAGGUAUGUCCAUUUCAUCAGGUGCUCUGCUGCAAAUCGUUCCUUUAGCAAUAUAUUAUGCGCUAGGGAAAAUAUUGGAUUCCACUCCAAGAAAAAAAUACAAUAGAUUCGUUAAUUUAAGUUCAAUGCAAUGGGGGACAACUUACCCAGUGUACACUAACUUGGCAGUCAUUGUCUUCUCGUAUUCUAUCAUCUCUCCGAUCAUUCUAUUAUUCUGUGCAUGUGGGUACUUCCUGCUGUAUGUUGCAUACUUGUACAAUCUAACGUAUGUGUUCAGUGAAGCUCCAGAUGCUAGAGGUAUCAAUUAUCCAAGAGCGCUGUUCCAAACAAUGACAGGGAUGUACAUUGGGGAGAUUUGUCUGUUGGGUCUGUUUGUCGUAGGUAAAGGUUGGGGUCCGGUUGUUCUUCAAGUGAUUUGCAUUUGUAUCUCCGUCAUCUUACAUUUACAAUUAAACCAUGCAUUCGAUGAUUUGAUGACCGUUUUGCCGGUAGAUACAAUGAAACCAUUGGAUGGUAAGACAGAUACUCCUUCGUUUAAAAAUAUUUAUGACGGUCAAAGGAAUCAUGGAAAGGACACCAUCAAGGAAUUACCACAAUUCCCAAUUCCUAAAUAUCAACCAAAGAAUCCUUUCAAUAACCCUAGUGACUCAAAAUCAGGACUCAGUGAUACAACAUACCCUUAUAUGUAUGAUGAAACAUUGGAGACUCCAGAAAAUAACGUCAUUGGAGUGCCAUUGUUAGCUGAUGGGGAUACAGUGAGAAUCCCACCGGCUCCAUUCUACAAAAGAUUUUUCAAACCACAUAUAUAUUGCUCGUACAAGGCGGUCAAGACAAGAUUGCCUGAGAUUUAUGGGUUAAUCGACCCAGAUGAAGUCUUGGAUGAAUCACAAUUAUUACAUGCUUAUGAUUUCCCUGCUGUAGGAGCUCAAUGUCCAUCCUUAUGGAUACCAGAGGAUGAGUACGGUUUCUCAAAACAAAUCAUUAAAGAAUUGGAAAAUGUAGUAGAUAUAUCGGAUCGUAAUGCCAAGAUAGACACUACUGGUAAAAUAACGUUCACAGGUGUCCCCCCAAAGAAUGAAGGGGAAGAAGAUAAUGAAAAUGAUAUAUUUAUGAAUCACAUCAAAGAGGAGUCCGAGGAACCUAAGGAUUAA